AUGGUAGUAAAUCUAUCAGGAGAUUCUCCUCAAUGGUCUGAUCGACCAUCAUUUCCAAUUAUAUAUGAUACUACUCAAGACGUUGAAAAACUUCGACAUGUUGCUCUGACUGGUGAUGUACAUGCAAAAAUCCCCAAUGUGAGUCACAUUAUCAGAUUAUUCAUUAGUUCAACUUUCAAAGAUAUGAGUGAUGAACGAGAUAAAAUCAUGCACGUUAUCUAUCCAAAAUUGGAAAAAUAUUGUUCAUCAAAAGGUUAUAUUCUGCAAAUAGUCGAUAUGAGAUGGGGAAUCUUCGAAUCAGCUUCGAACGAACAAUUAACGACCGAUAUUUGUCUGGAUGAAAUCCGAUUAGCAAAAGAAUUAUCCAAUGGACCAUUUUUUAUUGCUAUUCUAUCUCAUCGUUAUGGAUCGAAAUUUUCUCCCCGAUCGAUUACAAAAAUCGAAUUUGAUCUUUUACUUCAACAAUCCAAUCAAAAUGAAAAGAAUUUAUUACAUACAUGGUACGAUAUCGAUAAAAAUAAUAUACCAAUUAUCUACAAUUUAAAAUCAUUAGAAGACGAUGAUUUGAAAAAUAAAUGGGAAACAUCCGAUAGUAAACUUGUGAUAGAUCUAUUGCGCCGUUGUGCCAAUGCUGCGAAUCUGAAUGAAGAUGAUCAAAUUAAAUAUACUCGAUCUGUGACAGAAAUCGAAAUUCAAGAGGGAAUAUUCAAAACAGACGAUUACCAUUUCCGAUGUUUGGCAUUUUUUCGACAUAUCCAUGUUUUUGAUCAGAUCAAACCUGGAAUUAUUGAUCCGACAUUGAUGAAUAUAUUCAAUAAAUAUGUAGAUAUGAAUCCGAAUACAAACGAGAUCGAAUAUGAAUGUCAACAAAUGAUUAAAAAUUUAAAAGAACGUAUUCAACGAAAAUUACCCAAAAGAAAUGUCAAACAAUUCAUCGUUGAUAUCAAUUCGAUCUCGGAAUUAAUGCAAAAUACUCUUGUUAAUGAGAAUUUUGAAAAUUAUUUAAUAGAAUUUACAGAUCUAUUCGAACGUAAUAUAGUGAAUUUAAUCGAAGCAAAUAUUAAUAAAAAUGAAAUUUUAUUUCAUGUUUUCGAAAAUUAUGCUGAUCUAUUUCAUCAUCUUCGAUUUUGUCAUGAAAAAGUCAAAGGUUUUAUGGGACGACAUUCAUUCAUUAAUCAGAUUCAUUCAUUAUUACUUGAACAACAUGCUCAAUAUAUCGUCAUUUAUGGAAUCUCUGGAAGUGGUAAAACAAGUUUAAUAGCGAAAAUAGCCGAAAAAUUAAAAGAUUGGUUUCAUAAUAUUAAUUUUAUUACUGUACUUCGAUUCAUUGGAACAUCAGAAGAUUCGUAUAAUAUACAAAAUUUACUCUCGUCUAUUAUUAAACAAUUAGCACAUUGUUUUGAUUUAAUUAUCAAUUAUGAAGAAAUGACGCCUAUUGAUAAAUUAUAUAAUUAUUUUAAGAAAUUUUUAAUUGAAAUUAGUCAAGAAUGUGUAGAUGAUCAGCAAGUAUUUAUUUUAUUAGAUUCGUUAGAUCAACUCUCACCAGAAUAUAGUAGUCGAAAAUUGGAUUGGUUUCCCAUUGGUCUACCAAAAAAUAUUCGUUUUAUCGUAUCAACAUUAAAUGAUCGUCAAUAUGAAGCAUUUCAAGCUAUUCAAAAUCUUGUAAAAAAUACGUCAAAUAAUUAUAUUGAAAUCACGGAAUUAAAUGAAGAUGAAAUACGAUCGACUAUUCAAUAUCGACUUGAUCAUGCUCAAAGAACUCUGACAGAUAUACAAAUGGAAUAUUUAGUUGAUCUUUUCAAGAAAUGCCGUAUUCCUUUGUAUAUUAAACUAGUGAUGGAUCAAGCAAUCAAAUGGAAACAUUCAAUUUCAAUGAAGAAUAUGAGUGUUAGUGAUGAAAUAAAACCUGCCAUCCAUGAUCUAUUGGAAAAAGUGGAACUAUCCUAUGGAAUAGUUUUGGUCGAAAAAGUCUUACAGUAUAUGACAUUGAGUCGACAUGGUUUUUAUGAAAAUUAUCUUCAAAAUAUAUUAACCAAUGAUCCAACUGUUCUCAGAUAUAUUGAAGAUGAAUUUAAAAAUCAUAAAUUCUCUUCUAGUAGAAUUCCCCAAAUCUUUCUUAUUCGAUUAAUUCAUGCUUUGAGAGAAUAUCUAAGUGGACCAAUGUAUCGUUGGUAUCAUCGAGCGUUUUGGGAAGUUGCGACGGAUCGAUAUUGUCAAAAUGAUCAAAGUAAUCAAGAUUGUCAUAAAACCAUUGUUAAAACUUAUCAACAUGAAAAAUUCAAUAAAUCCAAUCCAUUCUGGAUGAAUGAAUUACCCUAUCAUGCAACAUGUGCCAAUAAUAUCGAUGAACUUAAAAAUAAUUUCUUACUCAAUCUCAAAUUUAUGCAAAUCAAAGCACAAGGAUCUGAUAUUGAUCAACUGAUCACUGAUUAUGAAUUUGCUAUUCACAAACACAAUGAUGAUCAAACUUUAAGAUUAGUUCAUCAAGUUCUUCUAAUUGCCGCAUAUAAAAUUCGUCAAGAUCCAUUACAACUUCCUGGUCAAUUAUAUGGACGUUUGUAUGGUUAUGAAACAAGCAGUGAUUUGAAAAAUCUACUCGAACAAUGCUUAUCACCAUUGGAAGAUGCUAUUGUUUCCAGUGGAAGAUUUAUGGCUGGACCAAAUAAUCUCUUGAGUAAAAGUCUCAUCGCUCACAAAACGGAAAUCAAAUCUACAUUGAUUAGUAACGAUAAUCAAAAAGUCAUCUCUUGCUCGAUCGAUAAUUGUAUCAAAGUAUUCGAUGGAAAAACUUUAAAGGAAACAUUAACGAUUUAUAAAAACUAUGAUUCUACGACGAUAUUGACUAUUUCCAAUGAUGAUACGAUUCUCUAUGUCUGGUGCAGAAUUACAGAAGAAAAACAUAAAGGUCAACCGUUGAUUGAAGCUUUCAGUCUAACCACUGGUGAUCAUCUGUUUAAUGUCCGUGCAACAAUUUUACAUGAUGAUUCGACCAAACAUCGGGAAAUUUUAUUUAGUAAUUUGAAAAAUGAUUUAUGGUUAGUGACUAAACAUAAUUGGUAUCAUCUAGAUUGGCAAACUGGUACUGUUCAGAGUAUCCUAAAAAUUCCUCAAGAAUUCGCCCAAAGAUCUGAUAAGAUUAUAUGCAUUGAUAAAGCACAAGAGCGAAUUGUCAUGGGUCUCGAUAUGGAACCGAUAGUCUUAUCUCUCAGUGAAAAUGGUAACUAUACUCUACGCGAUCUUCUAGAUCAAACAGUGAUGGGACGUCGAUUUUUGAUCCUACCUAAUCUAACAUUAGCCAUAUCGACACGACGUAUCUUCAAAUCACUUUAUGAUGAUAAAGAUAUGGAAUGGAAUAUUCUUCUAUGCCAUCUCGAAUCAUUAGAAAUUCAAAGACGAAUUCCAGUGAAUAAAGCAUUAAGAAUGUGGAGAUCAUCUUUGGAUAGUACAAAAAUCUUUUGCAAUGCCUUCAAUUAUAUCUAUGUACUAGACAUUGAAAAACGGCAGACAGAUUUUAUUUUAGAACAUAGUUCUCAAAUGAAUAGUUGUUCACUUCUGAACGAAUUAACAGUGAUUAGUGCUACUUGGGAUAAUAAACUUCAUGUGUGGAAUCUUAGUGAAGCAUCAUCUCAGAAUAGCAAUAAUGUGAAUUUAUUUGAUCCAUUCAGUUCUCGAAUGAUACAAUUUCUCUACGAUGAAUUCAAUACAUUAUCACGUUAUGUAUUUGUUUACAAUGUUUUCAAUGAACAUUCGAAAGAAUUGUUCAUUUUAUACGAUCUCUCCACACAAAAAAUCGUCCGACGAUGUCAAAUUGAUAAAUAUGUUCGAAAUGAUUUACAACCAAUCUGUUUCAUUAGUCAACAAUUCGUACUUUUAUUCUGUCUUUCGGAGAAAAAUUACUACUUUUUAAAUAUUGAUCAAUUUACGAUAGUCAAAGAAUUUUCUUCGGAUGAAUCACGAGUAUUCAAAAAAAUCUAUUCGAAUCAAGUAGUGAUGAGUAUACGAAAUGAUCGAGAUCAUACAAAUUCAUUGGUUUUACUUGAUUGUAAUUUGUUAUGUUUUGAAAUGAUCAUUCCAAUGUGGAAUCAUAUUGAAUGGCAUACUGCCAAUUCACAAACGAUUAUCUAUAAGAAUAAAUCAAAUCCCACUGUAUUUAUGUUCAAAAUUGUUGAGAGACACCUAUCAGUUCUAUCGCUCGAUAUUGGAGAUGAUCCAAUAGAUCAAAUGAAAUCCUCGCCCAAUGGAAAAUAUUUGGCAGCUAUAUAUAUGAUCGAUGCUAUGACAAAAUCCAUAAAAGUUUAUAGAAUAGAAAACACGGAACAAGUGAGUUUAUGUUUCGAAAAGACGAAUUUGAAACAAUUAGGAGAAAUGAAAUUUGUCGGAGAUCAAUAUUUCGUCUAUCAACAUAAAGAAGGUUCAAAUCGAUUGACUUAUUGUUAUGAUUUAUGUACGAAUACUCUAUAUUUAUGGUUUCAAGAUGAUGAUUCUCAAGGUUUAUUUGAUUGUCUUAAACAUGAACGAUCAAAAUAUAUUUGGUAUCAACGAUAUCAAGUUAGCCGAAUGAAUAAAGUUAAAACUGAUAUUUCUGUCUUUCAUAUUCAAGAUAUAUCAAAACCAAUUUGUAGUCUCGACGUUGAUUGUCGUCUGAAGAUCAAUCAAGUGGCUUUGUUUGAUAAUGGAAAUGCCAUGCUAGUGAAAGUACUUGAUAAGCUCGAAUUUGUGGCAUUUUUUCUCAAAUCUAAAACAAAAAACACCGAGGAGAAUACAAUUCAUUUUGAUCUUUUUAGACUUAAUGAUUUGACCACUCAAUUAACACUGACAAAAGGCAUCUUUUAUCAAUUUUGUCGAAAGUUUUCAUUCACUCAUUAUGCUAUGGAAUUUAAAUAG